UUUAAUUUGUUUGAGAAGUUAUCAAAUCAUGCAGAAACAAGACAAGUGCAUGUACUCAUCCAUUACAUAAACACAAGUCUUUUAAUUUGUUUUCUUAUUUGAGUUUUAGCAAUGGCCAUGUAUUACAGAGUAAGAUCACUACUUUCUGCAGUGAAAACCACGCGCCACUUCUCUACUAUUCCAUCACCACCACCUACUGCUUUCUCUUCCCAGUUUCAGAAUGUUGGAUUCAUUGGGCUGGGAAAUAUGGGAUCUAGGAUGGCACAAAAUCUUAUUAAGGCUGGAUACAACGUGGCUAUUCAUGACAUAAAUUUUAAUGUCAUAAAGAUGUUUACUGACAUGGGAGUUUCAGCUAAAGAAACGCCAUUCGAAGUUGCAGAAACAAGUGAUGUUGUAAUUACAAUGUUGCCCUCAACAUCUCAUGUUUUGGAUGUCUACACCGGACCAAACGGUUUACUUCAUGGUGGGAGUCUUAUAAGACCAAGGCUGUUGAUAAAUUCUUCCACCAUUGAUCCUGAAACAUCAAGGAAACUUUCUGCAGCUAUAUCUAACUUUAAUUUAGAAGAAGAGACAGGUAACUGGGAGAAGCCUUUCAUAUUGGAUGCUCCUGUUUCUGGAGGUGUUCUUGCUGCAGAAGCUGGUUCUCUUACUUUUAUGGUUGGUGGCUCUGAGGAUGCUUAUCUAGCCGCGAAACCCUUGUUUCUGUCGAUGGGCAAAAAUACUAUUUAUUGUGGUGGAGCUGGAACAGGUUCAGCAGCAAAAAUUUGUAACAAUUUGGCAAUGGCUGUGAGCAUGCUUGGGGUAUCAGAAGCCCUUGCUCUUGGUCAGUCGCUUGGUAUUGAUGCUGAAACUCUAACAAAGGUUUUCAACUCCUCGAGUGCUCGAUGUUGGAGUAGUGAUAGUUAUAACCCAGUUCCUGGAGUGAUGGAAGGGGUGCCGGCCUCGAGGAAUUAUGCUGGUGGAUUUUCAUCAAAGCUUAUGGCUAAAGACUUGAUUCUUGCGGCAGCUUCUGCUAAAGCAGUCGAUUUUAAAUGCCCUCUAACAUCCCAAGCAUUAGAGAUAUUCACUGAUAUCUGCGAGGGCGGCAAUGAAGCGAAGGAUUUCUCCUGCGUUUUUCGCCAGUAUUACUAUGGCAAAGACAAAAACUAGCUUGAUCGGUUAAGUUUUAUUUAUUUUAGAGAAUCCUCAAGCUAUAAUUGUGAUGUGGAAAGCAUACCUUGUGCAUGACAAAUGGGAAAUUAAUGGCAGAUCCGUAAUUAAAUAUGGCGAUUGUCGGGCUGAGCGAUUUUAAAUGUUUCGAGGAUUCAUUUUAAUGCAAACAUCGGGCUCACCAGUUUCGGCCGUGUUGUUUGAUAUUUUACAGUUAAAUUCUAUCAUUUAGGUUUUCAAAACUCGAUUUGUGAUCUUAAGAGUUGUUUUGUUAUAUUUUUCUUUAAUUAUGGAUUUUUUUUAGUUUUA